AUGCAGGAGUUUGAUCGUGAAGUUGGUGCGCAAUCCUGCCAGCAGGCAAAGGAAGUGGCCAAUUGGGGAGAGAAUCCCAAGGUAAAUGACCCAGGGAGAGGUUGCAAAGGUACCAACACUAAAGGGAAAGCAAAAGCAAGUCCAGAGCAAUUGCAAGAUGUACCUGAACCAAAGCAACUGUGGAGGAAGAAGUCGUUCAACUUCAGCACUUAUAAGUUUCAUGUGCUGGGGGAUUAUGUCGCCUCCAUUCAUCAUUUUGGCACAACAGAUUCAUACAGCACUGAGUCAAUUGAGCACCAUGAGGCAUGCUUGUGCUGCAUCAAGCAAUGGCAAUGGCAGCAAGUCCAUCAUGCAGACACACCUGAAAUGGCAAGCAAUCCCCAAGUACACCAUCACAUUGGCAAAAGCAAGAAGAUGUACAAUGAGUUUGGUCAGUACCUCCGCAAGCAUGCAGGGGAUCCUGCUAUUAAGCACAACUCCAUUCUCUUCAAGCACAACCACAUUUAUCACCACAACCUCGCCAGAUUCAACUAUACCACCUAUGAUGUCCGAUGGGCUCAAGAUGUGAUCAAUUCAAGGACUCCUCACUGCAACAUCAUGUUGCUCAACAACAACUGCAGUGAUGAUGAGCAUGGAGGUGACUACAGCUAUGCCAAAGUCAUCAGCAUACACCAUGUUAAUGUUGUGCACACAGCAAACAUAUGGUAUGAAUCUGUGCAAAGUCAUGCAUGGGACAUGCACACUUUGGGUUGCAUUCAUUUCCAGCCUCUGGCAAACCAGAAUGCAUUUGGCUUCAUGGACCCCAGAGUCAUACUCAGGGUAACAAACUCGAUUGGCAUGAGUACUACACCAACAGUGCAGAUGGCAGAUGGAUAUUUAGACCGUGGAGAAAGGCAUCAACCUCCUGAUAAUGAAGAGGAUGAUGAAGACAGUUAUAUUGGCACCAAGGAACUCUAUUUUUUUGAUCAGGGGAAUGCCAGCACAGAGUCACUCUCACUGGCACUGGACGAUAUGUUUCCUAUUGACCAUGCUUAUGACUAUGAAAAUUAA